AAAUAUUGUUUUCAAGUGCAAAUAGCAGUGCACAGACACACAUAUUUUUUAUUUUAAUAAUAUAUAAUAUUUUGCUGCAUUUGGGCAAAAACCUGGUGGCAAGCACUCCCCAUACUUCUCACUCUUCUCCUGAACUGAGCUACACUCUUAUCGAACACACACUUCUCUUCCAACGUAUUCCGUUCCCCUAUCAUUCUCAUAACCAUACCAUUCUUUUUCGUUUCCGUUAUUCUUCGUUUAUUAAAAACCUUCCUAGUAUUUUCCCUCCUACUCCUAGGCAUUCCCAUCGUAACUCGUCUCCCUAGCUCUCCCAUCCUCACACUCCACUCAGCAUUUUGUACAUCCUAAUUAGCCUCUCCUUCUGCUAUCUGUCUUUUAGACUCUCCCACCCCAUGUCUUUCAUCAUCUCCGUUGGACUAUACUCUCACUUUUCAUUACUGUCUGUUCUCUUCACUUACCCUUCACCCACCUAGCUGCUCUACUCUGCACCUCCUCCAGUUCCCUCUCAAGCAGCCAUGUAAGGAUUCAACACUGCUGCAUACUUCAGCAUGGUUAUUAUGUUAACCUAUGUGUUCAAAGAAAAUACGAAUGAAUUUAGUGUUUUUAUAUUAUAUAAAAUAUUUUGAUUUACUAAGUUAUUUUGUGUAUUUACCUUCGAAGCUAACUUGUCUUAAGUGUUAUACUGGGAAUAGAGUAUUCUGCCCCUAUAAAUAUUAAAUAAUUGCAUUGCUGCUAUUAUUUCAUCACAAUUUCCUUCUUGAAGCAGGUUAUUUCCAUUCGAAUCUUGUAAUUAUUACAUUAAAGGUAUGCUAUUCUAAAUAUGUUAACGCAGUUAUACAGUGUGCCCUGAUUGUACUUCAUUGAAAUUUUAAUGUUCGGCGGCGGCAUUAAAUCAUGCUACAUGCCACAAAUAUCACAUCUUAAAGAUUACAAACAAAUGCAUUUGACACCUACACUAGGCGCAAUAUAACUCUGAGCUUGAGCUACGUCACAUUUGAGGAGUAGGGACUGCAACACGUGUGGGGGGUCGGGUGAAUGAAGAGGGGGUAUAAGCAGAUACGGCGACCUUGCACAGCAGGUAGAGAAAAGCAGAAAACAUUGACCACUUACCACUGACAUUCCAAGCACUACCUCAGUUCUUCAACGCUACUGACUGUUCCAUCUGAAGAGUCUGAUGUGUAAACGUCACUGCUGUCACUGUUUGCAUCACCUAACUGAACAAUCAUUUUAUCAAUUUCAAUGUCAAUGUAAAAACGCACAUCCUUAUCCCAGUAUUCGUUCUGGAGUGUCUUGACGUGAUUGCAAAUCGGUAUCCAAUCUUCUGGACCCAUUCGGUUGAAUAUCUCCUCGCAAAGUUUUUUUACAUUUGCCAAAUUGCAAGUAACCUUUCUUGAAGCGACUUCUCCUUUAACUUUAGCCCAUAUGCUUUCUAUCGGAUUCAAAUCCGGAUGAUAAGGGGGCAGACAAAGUAAUGUGUGGCCACUAUUUACCAAUAGUCUGUCUGCCGAGUACUGCACUUGCGAAGGUUUGUGCUUCUUUAUGAGGUUAUACAAGUUGUGGUUUGAGCAUGUCGCUAGUAAAGGAAAUAUUCUCCUUACUUAACCACUGCUGCAUUUCCAAUUUUGUCGAGCUGGAGGUAGGCGUUUUAUUUAUUUUUACAUUGUGAUAGGGAGCAUUAUCUAUCAGAACAACACUGUUUGGUGGAAGAUUUGGUAUUAGUUGUUCGGUGAGCCAUUUUUCAUAAUUAUCUUUAUUCAUGUUUUUGUGAUAAUCUCCUGUUGCCUGGUGUGACUUCCACAUUGCAAGAGCAUUUGGGAUAAAACCUUUUUCACCACCAGCGUGAAUCGUUAUUAAUCUUUGACCCUUCGCGACAGGCACUAGUAAACCAUUUGAGGACAUGUCAUUCCACAUUUUAUUUUUUACUUGAGACGACAAUAUGUACCACUCAUCCAUGUAUGUAAUUGUGCGUUCAUUGUUUCUAUAUUGACGCAUAAUCUUGAGAUAUUCUAUACGUUUUUGCCGAAUAUCUGAUUUUUCUAUUAAAAGAAAGCGCUGCGAUUUGGUUUUCUGCCACCUGAAUCCUAGCUUCUUCAAAGUCGUCCUUAAGGUUGUAUCGCUACCUUGGUAAUUUAUGUUAUUCUUUAGUUUACGUCGUACAGUUUCGACAGUCGGCACACGUUUUUCAAGUAAGUAAAAAUUGUACACAGUAUGUCGUACCACAGCUUCAAAGGUGUCCAGUUCGUGUUUACAUGUUUUCUUUCGCUUCUUGUUGGGCGUCUCGAAAGAUGUUCCUUCACCAGCUUCAUUCCUCUUAGCCUCCCUUUUAAUAAUUGUUUGUACAGUCAUGGGAGACACACCCGUCGCCUUAGCUGUUCUCAGCUGUGCUUUCUUUAGUGAAAUGGAGGGUUCCUGCAAUUGCGCUUAAUUUUCCAUAAACUGCAGAACGUUAUAGACGAUUUCCUUAAACUGUAAACGAAAACGUUUAGUAAGUACCACGGAUGUGUUAACGUACGUAUUCGUCGGAUUUCACCGAAGGACAAAGUUUUCACUCUGUGCAGUAGCGUGUAGCCCCAGUUAUCAAGUUACGCAUUAUCGCUCGAUGCCGCGCCCCAUCUGCCUUCCCCAAUGUCGUGACUCACAUACACACAUCGAUUUUCUAACCGUCACCCAGGCUCGGAGUUAUGUUGCGUCUACUGUAAAUAUGAGAAUACGCAAGAUGAGCGGCACAUAUAUUUAUAUUACAAACAGAGCUAAUACAAAAACAACAUGCAUUAUGCUUUAAUGAAAACAUUAAAAAGAAAAGUUUUCUUGGUUAUGUUACUCCGCUCAAACGAAAACAAACAUUAGCGGGGAAAAAUGGUGGGGGGGGAGGAGAGUGCAUGCGUGACUGCUUACUAGUGCGCAUGCGCGAGUUACUAGUUCUUAUUUUGUCCGCGGGGACGUACACUUCGCUGCAGACGCUCCAUAGCAAACUGCUUAUCAAGACACGCUUUUAACAUAGAAGUUUCCACUCUUUCAGAAUGCUUGUUGCUAAGUAUCUAGAAUAUGAGAAUAAUAACUUUAAACUGGCUGUAUAAAUCUAUGGUAUAUAACCCAGAAGUUCUGCUUUAUAAAGGUCAUAAUUUUACUGAGACACUUAUCUAAGCAAUUUUAACUUCAUUUACUGUUCCUUGUUUCAAUGUCACCUCCAUGGUACAAAUAUAAGUUCCUUAAAAAUCCACUAGAUUGUGUAUGGAUGCUCAGAAGCCAUGUGAAAAAAACCCUUGAGUAGCCAUCUUGUAUAGUGUUUCAGUAAAGACAGGCAGGUUUGUGUUUGUAUUGUUUUAUUUAAGAGAUUCCACUUGAUUAUUGAGGAGUAUUUUUAUUUGUGAUCACCUCCAUGCCUUUAAUAAAUCUUGUUCUUUCUGAAAAAGAAAAGGUUUGCAUUACAGUUAGGUUGAAUAACAUGUUAUUAAAUGAAAUCCAUGACAAUGUGGUUGAGUAAGUUUUAGGUUAGGUUGUGUAUAAAGAAAACUUCAAAAAUGUCACCUCCAUGGCUGUCACCUCCAUGUUCUUAAUCUAGCAUGGAGGUGACACAAUAUUCAUGGAGAUGACAUAAUAGGCUUUGAAUUUUACUUUAUCUGUAUUCAUUAUCAAACUUUACUAUAGUACCAUGGGGAGGAAAUUGUUGCACAGGUUUUUGAAAAAAAAUAAAAAAAAAUUGAAUUUUACUUUAUCUGUAUUCAUUUCCAAACUUUACUAUAGUACCAUGGAGAGGAAAUUGUUGCACAGGUUUUUUUUUGUGAUGGACUUUUUUUUUUUGUUAGUUCGUCAUUUGCCGUGAUACAGAUGACGUCGCUAAAAGCAAUAUCACACUAAAAACUCCAUAGCAUAGCUAGUUACACAGUCAUGUUUUUCAUCAAAUAAAUUUGAUAAUAGAUCUAUGUCAUAUGAAUAUGAUAGUGUAAUACAGGCCUAACGAAGUUUCUACAUCAAUUUUUUAAAAUUAUUCAGUAUUAUAAUAAAAAUAAUUUGCUUUGAAAAUACUCCGCUAAAAUAAGUAGGAUAUAUUUGACUCGCAUGGUUGGACUUGCUGGCGCCAUGUUAUGUUGUGUUUAGCGGUAAACAACUUGCAGCUGGUAAAUUAGAAAACAAAUUUAAAAUAUUUGGUUCAGAAAACGUGAAAAGAUAAGAAUGUCUGGACGAUAUGCCUAUGGGCGAAAAUGUGCAGUAAGAUGCUGUCGUUCAAAACCAGAAGAGCAACGAUUUUUUCGGUUUCCCCGAGGCAAGACCGAUGUUGAGAAGUGUAGAUAUCAGAAAUGGACCACAUUUUCUGGACAAACAACUCUCAAUGCUCUACAUGCCUUCAUUUGUGAAGUUCAUUUUGAUGCCAGUCAAUUCACAGAUGAGCAUAAGCUUUUCCUGAUUCGGGGAGCAGUCCCCACUCUCUCGCCUCCUAAUGAGAGUGCAUUGACGUCUGUGGAGAGGUUUGAAGAAGUUGAAGAUGUACCCCAUCCGAGCCUGGGGCCCGAAGGUUUCUUCUGCUGCGUGAAAGGCUGCCCCAAUUCCGGCUCCAAGAAGUCUCCCGGCGUGACGUUCCACAAGUUCCCCAGCGCCGCGGCCAGAGCCAGGGAGUGGGUGCGCAUCGUGCGGGAGAUCAACCUGCGCUCGGACGAGCGGGACCGCCCCCUCUCCCGGAACAGCGUCAUCUGCUCCAACCACUUCCGGUGGCGGGACUUCAACCGGACAGAGCCGUCACGCCCGUGCGUCAAGGAAGGCGCCGUGCCCUCGCUGUUUCCUCCGGUGCCCGAGUACCUCAAGAGCAAGCACACCAUCAUAAGGAAGAUUCCCAUCCGAAGAGUGAGCGAAGGAGAAGGUCAGGACGGGCGGACCAAUAGCGAGGACCUCUCUGGCAGCAGCAUGGCAUCAGUGACCAGUCAGGAUGGAUCGAGACGCCGGCCGUGCAUCUCCGAGGUGGAGGGCCACGUCUACAAGGUCGCUCGCAGCUCCGAGGAAGGAGACGACUCUGAUGAUUCCAGCCACCAGUAUGAGAUUGUGACAAUGGACGCAGUGGAGGCAGCCUCGCGCCAGUCGGAGUCCCCCGGUCCGAGCCCCCCCAAGAGGAAGCGGGGCAGGCCGCGCGCGCGUGUGCAGACGGUGGUGCCACCCACGAGCGAGAUCCUCUACAACGUGCUGGUGAAGACGGAUAUCUUCCGCUCCACGCUGCCCCCCAACUGGCACCGCUUGGUGCACGUGGCGGGCGCUAACGGCUGCGUCAUAUUCGCCUGCUACGAGUCGCAGCGGCGGGAGGGCUGCCUGCCCGCGUGCGUGCGCGAGGUGCUGGUGGACCGGGCGUGCCGGGCGCACUGCUUCGUGGGCGGGCUGCGCCUCGAGCCGCGGGCGUUCGCCAUCGACGACGACGUCGCCACGCUGGAGGACGUGGUGCGGCUGGUGGCGGCGGUGGACGGCCUGCGGCUGUGCCGGGGGGCCUUCCGCGCGGGCGAGGUCGCGGGCGGCGUGGUGCCCGGCGCGCGCCUGGACCCGGACCUGGCGUGGCGCGCCGACGACUGCCCGCAGAUCCUGCAGGCGUGCCGCACCUGCGAGGCCUGCUGCCGCACGCGUAAGGCGCUCCUGCACGAGGUGCGCCGGGCGAGGCAGGAGGCGCUCGAGGAGGAGGGCGACGGCUCGUACGCCUCGCAGCACUUCCUGCUUGACGCUGACCAGGCAGGAGAGUCUGCGGAUUUGCAGCAGUAGCAUUGUUGCUGUUGAAGCAGGCGCACCUGAUGGCUGGAUGUACGUUCUUGACCAUCAUUUCAGCGUGUCAUGUUGUGUAUUGUUUACAAAAAUACUAUUUUUACAUUAAAAGUUAUUACUGAAUUUA